CGAGCGCCGACCGACGUAAUCGGCGACGGUGACGACGACUGACUUGGCACAAAGUUCUCCACUUUGCUCUAUAAACUCUAAAGAAAAGCACCAUGGCAGCCGUCCGUCAGCUUUUGCGCCCUGGAUCACUUGCACGCUUCACGGCAAGAUGGCGAAGCACUGCUGCAGAGCCAGCUGUUGCAACGUCUAGUUCAGGAAAGGGAGGUGUAUGCUUUGACCUGACUGAUGAGCAGAAGGAGAUUCAGGAGUUAGCUCGCAAAUUUUCACGAGAGGAGAUUGUGCCAAAGGCUGCAGAGUAUGACAGAACAAUGGAAUACCCCUGGGAAAUUGUCAAGAAGGGAUGGGAGCUUGGUCUCAUGAAUCCCCAUAUUCCCGCUGAAUUUGGAGGUAUGGCACUGGGAACCUUUGAAGGAUGCCUUAUUACUGAGGAGAUUGCUUAUGGCUGUACAGGUAUCCAGACAGCAAUGGAGGCUAACAACCUUGGGCAAAUGCCAGUUAUCAUUGCUGGCAAUGAUGAGCAGAAGAAAAAGUACCUUGGUCGCAUGACAGAGGAGCCAUUGAUGUGUGCCUAUGGAGUGACUGAACCUGGGGCUGGCUCUGACGUGUCCGGAAUCAAAACCCGAGCAGAGAAAAAGGGUGAUGAGUAUGUUAUCAAUGGCCAGAAGAUGUGGAUCACCAAUGGUGGAGUUGCUAACUGGUAUUUCCUGUUAGCUCGUACCAACCCAGAUCCCAAGUGCCCAUCAUCUAAGGCAUUUACUGGGUUCAUCAUUGACGGUGAUUCUCCUGGGCUGAUCAGGGGUCGCAAGGAGAUCAACAUGGGCCAGCGCUGCUCUAACACCUGUGGCUUUACCUUGGAAGAUGUUGUUGUGCCCAAAGAGAAUGUUCUCAUUGGUGAGGGUGCUGGCUUUAAGAUUGCAAUGGGUGCCUUUGAUCGCACUCGACCCCCUGUGGCAGCUGGAGCAGUUGGCCUGUCCCAGAGAGCCCUUGAAGAAGCCACCAAGUAUGCCUUGGAGAGGAAGACUUUUGGAACUCAUAUUGCUAACCAUCAAGCUGUGGCCUUCAUUUUGGCUGAAAUGGCAAUGGAGACCGAACUCGGCAGGUUGGCUUGGAUGAGAGCAGCCUGGGAAGUUGAUGAGGGUCGUCGCAACACAUAUUAUGCCUCCAUUGCCAAGGGCUUUGCUGGAGAUGCUGCUAACCGUGCUGCCACUAACUCAGUCCAGGUGUUUGGUGGCAAUGGAUUCAACACAGAGUACCCAGCAGAGAAGUUGAUGCGCGAUGCCAAAAUCUACCAGAUCUAUGAGGGCACAGCACAGAUUCAGCGCCUGAUCAUCGCAAGAGAGCAUCUGACCCGUGCCAAGAUGGGCCUUCUGUAAACACCACAUGGUUUAUUUUGUCCCAGAUAUUUUAGAGGCCUUGAAUGAUUUAAUGGCAACGCUAGAAUGAAAACGAAGUGUAAACUGAUUCCAUGUUAACUUCAAAACCAUAUUGGAUUGUUUUCUCAGGAAAAGAUAGCUAGUGAUUAUGUUACCAGUUUCCAGUUUGCUGAUAGGCUUGAAUUGGCUUUAUGGUAAUACAAGAAAAAAACAAAUAUGGAUUUACAGUUUGACAAAUGUCACUUUCACAGUUAUAUGGGAAAAAAUCAGAAAUGUAAGUAUGUCAAUUAUUUUAUGUAUUACAUCAUAACUAACAAGACAGUAUAUGCAAUUUUUGUCUAUUCAGAUACAGAGCAGUGAUACUGAAAUCUUUGUAUGAAUUGUUCAAAGUUAAAAUAAUUGUUAAGCAAAGUAUCUUCACUAUACUAAUGUUAUUGUGGUGCUAGGAAGUGGUUGCAAAGAAAAAUCUUGAUUAUCUUGUAAAGGUUUCUAGGAAAUAUUCUUCAAAAUCUUUAAAUAAUUUGGAAUUGGUUAACAGUUUGUACCAUUUAACAGGUUCAGUUUAUGCAACUAUCAAUGCAAUAUAAUGUAAUUGUAAGUGUAUAUAUUUUUAGAAUAAAAUAAAUAUAUUAUAAAUCUUU